CCACUUAACCAAAACAAACAUUGUGUCAAUGAAAACAGUAGUCAAGCAUGCGGUAAAUAAAUCGCUGGACCAACACAUCAUUUUAAAAUUGAAAUAAGACAAUAAUUUUUGUUGUGAAAAUAUGCGACGAAAUAAUGGGAGACAGUUUGGCAAUAAUCAACAUCGAAAACGACCACAUCAAUCAUUUCAAAAUAAUUCACCGAGACCGUCGAGACAAUCGAAGCAGAAUGUCGUUUAUUCAUCGCUGAAGGAAAAUGAAAUUGGCAUAACGGAAUACACCACAACGACGAACGGAUUCACAGGAAUCAUUAAACAAAGAAUUUCAGAUUUUCACGUGAAUGAAAUCGGAUUUGAUGGGAAAAUAUGUAAAUUGACGGAUUUUUCACUGCCAAAACCGCCAGAAUCUGCAUCGGUGAACGCCGAUGAUUUUAUUCGUUUGGCAACCCAGGAGAAAUAUGAUGCAAUUCUAGCUAUUGAAAAGGCUGAUCAAAAAUGUAGCGACGAAGUUUUGAUUGAAGUGACGGCCAUGGAAAAGGCGGAACGAACACAAAUCCAUCAAAUGAUCAAAGAAGUCUUCAGUUCAGUGAAUAGCACAACAGUUGAUAAAGAUGGCAACAAGUUCAUAAAAUGCAUGAAACAAAAUAAGAAAAAUGAUCGCAGAUCAAACUGGGUUUGGCCGCAUGAAUACACUUAUUUUCUGUUGCACAAAGACAAUGUUGAUACGAUGCAAGCGGUUUCAUGUUUGGCGCCUCUGCUGAACGCCAGAGCAUCGUCGAUUACCUAUGCUGGCACGAAAGAUAAACGUGCCCGAACCACACAAUGGGCCUGCAUACGACGACGUGAACCAUUGCAAGUUGUAAGAGCAGCACAAAAAGCAAGAAACAUGUAUGUAGGAGGCUUUCAAUUCCGGGAAAUCCCAAUGAAGCUGGGAAUGCUUCAAGGCAAUCGGUUCCGAGUCGCUUUACGUCAAAUAAGUGCCAGCGAAGAAGAUAUCAAUGAAGCAGUCAAGAGUUUCAAAGAGAAAGGCUUUAUUAAUUAUUACGGUCAUCAGCGAUUUGGUAACAACGCUUCUGUGCCAACACAUCAAAUUGGCUUGUUUUUGGUGCAAAGCAACUUCAAGGAGGCGUGUGAGUGGAUAUUGAAGCCACGUGAAAAUGAUGUGCCGGAAAUGAAUGCCGUCCGUGAGUUAUGGUUGGAGAAGCGAGAUGCUCAAGCAGCCCUAGACUUGUUGAAACGCCACGAUCGCGGUGGCAGAAGUAUUGAAUACAAACUUUUAGAUGGAUUUGCUAAAAACAACAAGAACGACUAUGUGAACUCAUUAGAAAAUGUUCCCCGUAAUGUGCGCCUUAUGUACAUUCACGCGUAUCAAAGCUUGAUAUGGAAUGAGAUGGUAUCGCGUCGUAUAGCAACACACGGUUUGCGAUUGUGUGAAGGUGAUUUGGUGCUAGUUGAUGAAGGUGCAACCGAUGAAAUUAUCGAUGACGAAGUCGAAGAUGAUGAUGAAAAGAAGGAUGCAAGUCCAGACACCGACGGUACACAGGAGGCUACAAAUACGUCUCGUUUCCAAGGCAUGGUCAAACCGCUAACGAAAGACGACAUUGAAUCGAAUAAAUAUACAAUAUUCGAUAUUGUUCUACCAUUGCCUGGCCAUGACAUCACCUAUCCGGCGAAUGAAUGCGCCCAAUGGUAUGAGGAACGAUUGAAUCAAGACAAUUUAUCGUCGGAAAAAUUGAAAACUAAACAAAAGACUUACUCAUUGACAGGUGCUUAUCGGAAGGCUUUCAUCAAGCCAAUCGAUUUGAAUUGGUAUUUCAUGAAGUACAACGUUGAUACGGAUCAGUUGAUACGAUCGGAUGUUGAGGAAAUUCGAGGAGAAAGUGAGCCAAAAAGCAUUGAAGGUGGCAGUCAAAAGGCACUGAUUCUUGAAUUUACCUUGCCAUCGUCUUCUUAUGCCACAAUGGCACUGCGGGAAAUCCUAAAAUGUGACACUUCGGUGGCAAAUCAAGUGCAAUUGCAACAAGCAACUGCCAAAAAUGAGUCGAACACCAACGUUGAAGUAAAAGAUGACACGGAGUGCACUACGGAGGCAAAACUACCAAAAUUGGAUGUUUCAUGCCAAUGAAAAAAAUCGAAUUUGACAAAUCAAUGAAGAAAAAAAAUUAAAAAUUCAUUUAAAAAUUAAAUUCAUUCAAAAUGGAAUUGAAAAAUGAAAAUAAAAUCGUAGCAUAGAAUAAAAA